CCGCUCGGCCUCAGCAUGUCGGAGAGUUUCGACCGAACGCCGGGUGCCGGCCGGGGCCGCGGAUGCGGCGCGCCGGAGAGCGGCGGCGGGGCCCGGCCCGCGGGCAGCGCGUCCCGCGGCUCGGGCUCGGCUGAGGAGCAGCAGCACCAGCCGGGCGGCCUCUUCCCGCAGCAGGAACCAUUGCGGCCUCCGAAGACGGCGCCCCUGGGCACCGCGAUGGCAGAACACCUGCAAAGGAUGGGAAUUUCAUCUGGAUCUCAAGACAAAGUUUCAGUUCUUGAUUCUGGACCAGAAAUGACUGAACCUCAGUUAGCUGUGGAUCCUGUUGCAACAUCAAACUUGUCUGCUAAAGCACCUGAAUUUUAUCCAUCAGGUUACAACCAGAACUUCAAUCAGAAUUUUACAGAUUCUUCCUUUGAAGAUAGAUGUGAUGGCUAUCUGACUCUGGCAGAAUAUGUACAAGACUUCCUAAAUCACCUCACAGAACAGCCAGGUUGUUUUGAAACAGAAAUAGAACAGUUUGCUGAAACCCUGAAUGGCUGGGUCAUUGCAGAUGAAGCUUUACAAGAGCUUGUUGAACUCAUCUAUCAGCAGGCCACAUCUGUCCCAAAUUUUUCAUACAUGGGAGCCCGGUUGUGUAACUAUCUGUCUCACCACCUAACCAUUAGUCCACAAAGUGGGAACUUCCGACAGUUGCUGCUUCAAAGGUGUCGAACAGAGUAUGAAAACAGAGAUGAAGCUACUAAAGGGGAUGAGACUACUAGAAAACAAUUUCAUGCCUUUGUGCUGUUCUUAGCUGAACUUUAUCUUAACUUAGAGGUUAAGGGAACAAAGGGACAGGUUACACGGGCAGAAAUUCUUCAAGAAGGCCUUCGGGAAUUACUGAAUGCACUCUUCUCUAAUCCUGUGGACAGUAAUUUGAUAUGUGCAGUGAAACUGCUGAAGUUGACAGGUUCUGUCUUAGAAGAUGCCUGGAAAGAAAAAGGAAAGAAUGAUAUGGAGGAAGUGAUUCAAAGAAUUGAAAAUGUUGUGUUGGAUGCAAACUGUAGCAGAGAUGUGAAACACAUGCUUCUGAAACUAGUAGAACUGCGAUCUAGUAACUGGGGUAGAGUUCAUGGAACAACUCCACAUGCAGAAGCUACCCCUGAAAAUGACCCAAACUAUUUUAUGAAUGAACCAACAUUUUACACUUCUGAUGGCGUUCCUUUCACUGCAGCAGACCCAGAUUAUCAAGAAAAAUACCAAGAGCUGCUUGAAAGAGAGGAUUUGUUUCCAUAUUAUGAAGAAAAUGGAGCAGAUCUGUCAGGACCUGGAGAGCUGUAUUUUGAUGAGAUUGAUGAUGAGAUGGAUCCAGAAAUUGAAGAAGCAUAUGAAAAAUUCUGUCUAGAAUCAGAACAUAACAGAAAACAGUGAGAUGUUAUGUAUUAAUGUUAGUUUAUUUAACCAUUAUAGAGUGAAGGGGGACACAAAACAUUUUUACCAAAAUGAGAAACUUGAGUUUCUCCAAGUACUAAAGUUACACAAUUUUAUCCAUUUUAACAGAACCUGCCAAAAAAUGUAAACCUAUACCCUGUAACUUAAAAUGUUGUGUAUAUACCAUAGUUUAUUUUGUGAAAAAUGUUUUUUGAACAAUGUUUUGGCUGCAAUAAAAAUUAUUUAAAAGUUAUAAUUGAAAUUAAAAUUUAAUGGGGAACUGUCCCAUAAAACUUCCCUUGAGGAAGAAUGGGAAAGAAUAAUGAUCUGAAUUUGCUUGCUUGUUUGCUUUAGUAUAUAUUGGGAUUUACUCAUCCUAUUUACCAUAUACACUAUGUCUUGCAUUUACUUCCUCCACUUCCCCCUCCAAGAAGAGUAUGAUCCAAAUAAGCAAGAAAAUUUCUUUUCUGUAUAUCACAAUCAUGAAAAGUGGCUUGUGAAAGUUUUGUGUAUGAGUUUUUGUUUUGUUCAUUUCCUUUUUCUUCUUCUUUCAAAACACACAUGGGUGAGGUCUGGACUUUUCUUUUUUCCUGGAAUAAAUAUGUUACAUGUUGAUAUGUGAAAAAGCAAGCAGUAUUUUGGAAGUGAGGUGCUUUCAAGAUUUUUGGUUCAGAUAAGCUUCAUAUCUACAAGAAAAAGCUAUUCUGUAAUUUGUUGUGUUCUUCAAGGCAAUAGUAAUACAGUUAUGUUCUAAACCACGCUUCUCAAGAGUAUGUGCAGUGCUUUUUUUCUUUUGCUUUUUUUUUUUCUAGUAAUGUAUCUAACAUGUCUAACCUUUCCCAACCCCCCGUAACUUUCUUUUAUUCUUCUAAUUUUAUGUAGUUUGAUUUAAUUUUGUACUUGGAGUAAAUUCAUAUAUUUUAUAAAUGUUAACAUUCUGAAGCCAGCUGUUCUUUUUUUGACUCCAUAUAAUCAUGUUAGUUUUCCUAGGAUACUCCAUUGUUGUUGUUGCCAAACUCAGUUGAAGUGUUUCCUGUUACCUGUUGCUGGUUAGACUUGAUUAGAAAUCGUUACCAAAACCAAACACAAGUAUUUCCCAACAGUUAGCUACUCUAAAGAACACGCAUUGUAAAUAUGCAUGUAAAUAAUUCUGAUAAUAUUUCACUGUUAUUUGUUUGGUUAAAUAAGUUGUGCAUCUGCUAGUAGAGUAAGCAGUGGCUGUUUUCUGGAUGUUUAUUUAACAUACUUAUUUAGGCUGGAGUUUUGGAAAAUAAAAUUUAACUAGCUUUAUUUCCUUUGGUAUAAUAUCACUACCUUGUCUUCUUGCUUUAAAACAAAAAUUAUAUUUUAUCUUCUUCUAUCUUUCCUUCACUGAGCACUCCUUUCUCUUCUUCAAAGUAUACAAUUGCAGAGUCUAUUAUCUUUUGAUUCUUGCUGGAAAAAUAAAAUGUAUCAAAAUGCAGUAUGCUCAGAAAGACUGUAUUAGCAUUCCAAAGUCUUUAGACUAAAAGUCAGAAACUAGAAAUGUGAGAACUAGAUGACUUUCAAAUACAUAUUCUCUAAGUUGAGCACAAUUUUCAUACAAAACUUUUAAUCUAAAUACAGGUCAGACUUUCUGCUGGCUUUACAAGCAGAUGUCUUGUGGAAAUUAUUUUUAUUCAGAACUUAUAAUCCCAAGGAACAAGCAUUCAUAUAUGCUUUACAGUAAGGUAACAGUGACUCAAAGGGACAUGCAUUUUACAUGUUUUAGUUUUGCAUGAUUUGUGGUGAGUCAUCUUUUUCUGUCAGGUAGCUGUCAACUCCAGAUGUACUGUCAGCUUGUGGAAACAGUAAUUUUAUGAGUAGAUAAGAAGCAUGCCAAAUCCUGGGGUAGAAAAAAUCAGGAACUGUAUAUAUAGAGAACAGCUCAAGUCAAGUUUGCAAUGCAAGGUUUUUCCUUCACUGAAAAUAUUAAAAAUCAUAAAGUGAGACUUUCAUUCAAACUAGUGUAGAAGUUUAUAGUCUGUACAUAUGAACUUUGUAGGUGCUUUCAGUCUUUACUGCAGCAGGGAAAAAUUGGUUUUAACUCUGUCCUGCUGCAUUAAAAAAACAGGAUAAUAUUUUCAUUAAACACUCAAGUAUUUCCCACUUAUCUUAAAUCUCAAAGAACUUCACUACAAGCUAGUGAAUGUGAGAGAGUAAAAGAAAGCAGCAGGUUUCUCACUGUCAGGAUGCCCUUUGCUGCUUGUCUGCCCACACCUAAUCACCCAUUGUUCUGUGUAUGAUAGAGAUAAGUCACGAGAGGUUUAAAAGUUAUUUCACCUGAAUUUUAGCAUUUACAAAUUUCAAAUGCAAUGUGUAAAAGUGUUUCUCAUCUACAGGUUUCUGAACAAUGCCUUGCAAAUAUACAACUUUUAAAAAAUUUGUGUUUUUUUAAUGGCAUAAUGGUAAAUCAGUGAAGGCACAGAAGCAUGGAAAGCAAAAUUUGUGGGAGAUGUGAAGCAAGAUUCUUUAGCACUGGUUCUGAAAAGAAACAGACUUCACAUUCAAAUUUGAGCAUGAGACCCAGGCUUUGCAGAUCAGUAAAAGUGUGCACACUAUUUCCCACUCUUAACAAAUUAUUAUGAUUUAGCAAAAAUGUUUAGUAUUUGAAAAUUACACUUCGUUUGAAGGAAUUUCAAAAUGGGCUGCAAGAAUUGCUGCUUUGCAUGUGCUUUGCUGUUGCAUGAUUUUCAUAUCCAGAAAUGCAGCUUGUUCUCAGUAUUUCCCUUUAAAAUCUGCAAAGAAGUUCUUGCUAGUAGCCUUUGUCUUUCUUUUUUUUUUUUU